UGCUUCCAAAGAAGCUGUCACUCUAUGACAUUCAUGCAGAUGUCUGUGAAGAGCAGGUAUUUUCGGUCAUCAAAGUGGAGAACAUCAGCAGCACCAUGUCACAUGUCUCUGGCCAGGAAGGGAAAACCAGUAUCAAGUGUUCAUUGCAAGCUAGCUGUGAUGUUCUGGAGUAUGGUCACUUGACCCUGGAGGAAGUUCUGGCACCAGCAAAGAUUGAUGCCUAUGUUGACAUAUCCAGUAAAGACAAGAAACAAGACAUUAACGGGAAUGUCCAGAUGAACGAGACUAGGCUGAGACUAGGGAAAAGUGCGGUGCACACCUUGAGCAUGGCAGUUGCUGCUUGGAGCAUGUUCCGGCCAGAUUCUUCAGGGCCUCAUUUAACCUUCUCCUAUUAUGCCCUAUGCAACAACACAACUUCAACUAUCCGAUUUGGCCAGGCAGGAACAGAUGAAAAUAUA